CUUCCGGGUCACACCUGCUUCGAAAUUAAUAACAGAAAUCUGGUUCGUUGAAGUCUGCUAUUACCUGAUGUUCAGCCGGUAUUUAUCUACCAUUUUAAUUAACCGAGUAUCCGCUAACGCUACCUACACUCAGACAUGGCUGGUUUACCGCCCGGAGACCCGCAGCUGGUCUCAAUGAUCGUCAGUCAUUUAAAAACACAAGGUCUUUUCGACCAGUUCAGGAGGGACUGCCUGGCAGACGUUGAUACAAAGCCAGCUUACUUGAACCUGAAACAAAGAGUUGACAACUUUGUCUCUAAUCACCUUUCUAACCACACAUGGAGCCCUCAUUUGAACAAGAACCAGCUGAGAAACAACAUCCGACAACUCGUGCUGCAAUCUGGGAUGCUGGAGCAGGGAGUGGACAGGAUCGUGGCCCAGGUGGUGGAUCCCAAAAUCAACCACAUCUUCAGGCCGCAGGUGGAGAGGGUGGUCCGUGAAUUUCUGUCCCCUGGCAGCUUCUCUGAGGAGCCACCAGCCCCACUGCCUUUAAUAGAAGUCAAACCAGAGAGCAGCAUUCCUGAGCAAGCCUCGUCUUCUGCUCCAGCUACCACUUCCGCCAGCGACGCCAUGUCCAUCCUGGACACCAUAACCUCUCUCAACCAGGAAGCCAGCGUCAGGGCCAGCUCAGGCGCAGAUAAAGGGCGUAAAUGCCAAGCUUACAAUGAGCCCAUGCAGCUGGUGGAGGAGGGCGAGCAGGACAUGAGUGUUGAUGAGGAUGGAGACAGCCCCCAUGACGGGAAGCCACUGGAAGAGGCAGAGGAGCUGGCAUCAGAGGUCCUGGCAUUAGAGGUGAAAACAGAGGACACGCAGGACCAGAUGGAUCUGGGAAAAGAGGGGUUAUUAGAGGAGGUGAAGAUGGAAGAGGAGGAGUCGGGAGCUCAGGAGCAGACAGAGGAGGAGAAAGAUAAAGCUGCCAGCAAAACAACUGGAAAGCCCACAGAGGAGAAGCAGGAAGAUGAUCUGCUGAAAACUUCAAGUCAGGCCAAGCAGAAAGCCAGAGAGAGGAUAAAGGAAGAAUACUUCUUGGAGGACUCUGACCUGGACGGCCUGAGCGACAUCACAGUGAGCUCAGUCCACACUAGCGACCUGUCGUCAUUCGAGGGUGAAAGUGAAGACGAGCAGCUGCUGUCAGAUUCCUCUGAAGAGGGGGAGCUUCCACCAGAUGAUCAAGAUGAGAUAGCAGAAAAGAAGCAAGCCAGUGGAAACACAGGAGAAGAUGAUCGCAAACCACGCCGCAAGGCCUACGUUCACAAGCCCUUCCUCUACUCUCGUUACUAUAGCGACUCGGAUGAUGAAAUCACAGUGGAAGAACGCCGGAGAUCUGCGGCAAAGGACAAAGAGGAAAGGCUGCUCAAUAGACAACAGAACAGAGAGCGAAUGGAAGAGAAGCGCAAACAAAAAGCAGCGCAGGCUGAAGAGCAAGAUCACAAAAAACAGAAGAGUGGAGACUCUGCUGGGCUGGAGGGCCCCAGAGCCAAAGAGGCUCGCAAAGAAAGGAAAGUUCUGGAGAAAAAAAUGGCCCUUAACAGGAAGAGGAAGCUGGACUCUAGGAAAGAGGGAGAUGUUUCGAGCAAAAAGAGAGGAGACAUAGAGGGAUCUAAGAAAGCGGAGGUGAAAUCUACAUCCUCAAAGACUCCACAACAAAAAUUGAUAAGAAAUCUGUCAGAAUCGGCAUCGUCUGAUGAGAGGCACAGAAGGAUGAGUGGCAGUGUCUCAGAAGACUCCAGUGAAGCCAAAAAACUGUCUGACAAAGGCCGGACACACUCCUUCAUCCUGGAGUUGGAGCAAGGUUCCCAAGAGGCUCUCAAACAGCGUUCAGUUGGAAAAUUUGAUAGGUUGUCCCGUAAAGAAUUACACUCUAAAGAACGCAAAGAGAAGGAACGCAGCUUGUCAGAUGAACGUGCCAAGCUCAAACUAAAGCAGGAGAAAAAAUCAGAACAUCAGGCAGAUGAACCUCAACAGAAGGAAGGUGCUGCUGUUAAAGUGUCUUCUGAAGAGAGAGGCGAGAAAAAGCCUAAAAUUAAAAUUGAGAAGAAAACGUCAGGAACCACAAGAGAAGGAAAGUUGGCCAUGUCAGAUGGAGUGGUAGAAGAGAGUCCUAAAGAUGCUACUGUCAAGAAGGCAAAAGCCCCAUCAAUGGAGACUGUCAAAGCAGAGAAGGACAAAAUUAGGGAAAAGGACAAAGAUAAGGAUAAGAGCAAAGAAAAGGAAAAGGCCAAAGGAGAGAGAACUUUGGUUAAAAGUGAUUUCAAGCAGCUGCUCCGCCCUGAUUCUGCCGGCUCUUCUGAGGAUCGGUCUGACAUGGAGCCCGGGUCUGACAGCAGCAAGAAGAAAGAUAAACACUCCAAGGAAGUCCUGAAAAGGUCAAGGAGCCACACUGAGGAAAGGCCAGGAGACAAACCCAAAUCUAAAACAGAUAGUAAAGACGGCGAGAAGGAGAAGACUAAAGCAGAUCAAGACAUCCAGAAGUCAGGCAAGUCCUGCUCUGAAAUUGACAAAGAUCCCAAAAGGGUCAAGCCAACAGAUAAAGGAAGAAUUGUGGAAAAAUCUAAAUCAAAAUCCAAAGAUGAAACUAAGACACUUUUGUUAUCCAAGACAGAUAAUAAAGUUCAGAGUACAGGAGGUGCAUCUGUCAGCAAACCUGAGACAACAAAAGAAAAGAAAAAAGAGGGAAAUGCAAAGGAACAACGGAAAGUCUCAGAGGAACCUCUCCAUGACAAAUCAGAAAUUAAGAGUGCUAAGAAAAAACUGGAGAGGAAAGAUAAAGUCCCAGAAAAGAAAGAUGAUAGCCAAGAAGAGAAAAAAGCACAAAGGGAAGAAAAAUUGGAAAUGUCUGAUAAAUCUUCAAAGUCUUCAGUUUCCUCACCGAGUCUUGACGCAGAGGAGCAGCCAAAGAAACGCUCUCUUCUCCAAGACACAAGCACAGACUCUGACCCAGUCACAACCACCGUCACCACCUCCUUCUCAGACGACACCUGCGACGCUUUAAGCGAUAUCACCCCUGAGCCACCCGAAGGCGAAACAGAGUCACGGCUCAGCGAGAUGCCAGCUGUACCGGCGGAGGCAGACGCUCUGUUGACUCUCAUGGAUGUUUGCACCUCAGCAGAGGCGAGGCUUCCACCUGAGAGCAGUCGAGAGGACGCGACACCCGAGUCUAUUCAGGACGCUGACAUGAAGAUGAAAGAAGCAGCUCUGACUCUGCUCUCCAUGGAUCCUGACAGCACAGUGUCCUCCACCUUAAUUUGCCAAGAUGCCAGGGCAGAGCCAGAUGUGAUUCAGACUGCCCCACAACCGAUGGACACUAGUGCAGCUGAACAAGAAGAGCAGCAUCCUCCAAUGGAUGUGCAAACAGCUGCUGAAACUGAGUUUACAGCAACUGAACCGUCACCAAUUAUAUCUCAACAAACUGCUGAGCUUGUUGAUGAAGAACCAAACCCUGCAUAUGUGUCUGGAAAUUCAGAGAAAGAAAUGUGUGAUGUGGCAAGGGUGGAGAUGUCAGAGUCGCUAACUCCACAGGAGGAUGACACUACCUUGAAUGAAUGUCAGGCUCCUUUAGAUGUGAACGAAGCGAAGCGUGCAGAAAUUGCUCCUGAAAUACAGCCAGAUGAAUAUAUUGCAGCAGCUGGUGAGGAAGCUGCUGAUACUGUCGUUGUGUCUGAAACAGAAGAGGUCAGAGGAACCACAGGGGAAAGCUCAGAUGUUUCUGAUACCACUGAACAAGUGUCAGAAACGUCCAGUAAACAAGAGCAAAGUGAGCCAGAUGUUACAGACACAAAGGCAAGCCCCGAGCCAGAGGAAGUGCUAGCUGUCGACAACCAGGCCACGAUGGACUUGGAUAAUAGUGAAGCUGAGAGUAAGACAGUGGAGGAGGAAACAGUCGCAGCAGAGAAGAGUGAUCCUCAAACUGUGGAAAACAAUGUCCUGGGGAAAACUGAGGAGAUCAGCCAGAGUGGACCCGAGAGUCCGUCCAAACUAGUCAAACAAAUCAGUAAUGUCUCCAGCACAGACAGCCAGGAAGACGAGAAGGGAUCAGACCUGUCAGAAAAGGAAGAGAAGACGGAGGGAAGAGGAAGACGUAAACGAAAGCUGUCCAUUCAGAAAGUUGCAGCAGUGAAGGAAUCUGGUGAUGAGAAGAAAGAAAAGGAAAGUAAAGAGCAACCGUCUGCUGAGGAAACGGAUCAGGAGAAGGUUGUGGAAGUCAAAACACCACGCAGGGGUCGAUCAUCUAAAACAGAGGAGGGGGAGAGGGACCAACCUCAAGAACCUGAGAAACUGGAGGAGACUCCGAGUCUCAGGGAAAGAGCUGCAGCCAAAGAAACCACUGCUGAUGAUCAGAAAAAGGAUGAAAAUAACGACAAGGAGAGCACAGAUAAAACUUCAUUAGCAAAACCAGCUGAGAAAGAAGAGGGAACUGAAGAGGAAAGUGGACCAAAAAAAACUGGACGGCGAGGAAGUCAAGUCAAUCUGCCGUCCCCUGUUCCAGAAGACGCUGAAGCUGCAGGAAGCUCCAACUCCAAAGAGACCACUGACACAUAUAAACCAGCAGUGAAAAGGAAGAGGUCAGAGGAAAUGGAGGAGUCUGUGGAGGAAACCCAGGCCGAAGAGGAUGUAAGGGAGGACAACAGUCAACAGAAGCAAAGUGAACAACCUGAAAAAGAAAGUGGUUGUUCCCCUUCAGUGAGCCAGGGAGAGGGUCAAGAGGAGGUCAAAGAGGAGCUUUGCAGUGAGAAGAGACCAGACGUUGUUGAGGAGGAGCAACUUCAAGAGGAUCAAGAGACUACUCCAAAGAGACCCGGCCGGAGGGGACGACCGUCGAAGGCAGUGGCAGCCACAGACGACGCAGAUAAAAAGGACAAAAAGGCAGAAGAAAGUGAGCAGAAUGAUGAUGAAGAGGAUGAGGAGGAUGAUGGUGAGAAAGACGAAGAAGAAAAAGGAGCUGCAACCAGAGCGACCACGCGGUCAGCAUCUCGCCUGGAGGCUGAGAGAAACAAGCCAAGUAAACCAUCCACCCGGGCAAGUCGACAGAACGGUAAAGAGGAGACCGCAGCUGGCACACGCGGGACGAGGGGCCAGGCAGCGGCGGCGAAGGGGGGCCGUAAGCGGGAGGCCAGCCCCCCUGCGGUGCGAACGCGGGGAGGACAGAAAUCAGAGGAGCCCCUUUCCAAGAGAGCCAAACGCUAAAACCUCUGACAGCGGUGGACUGGUUUGUCCCAGCGGUGUUUUCUCUGCACUCCAUAUCCAAGUCAGUUUUGUUGUUUGGGGGGGUCAGAGAGCCUCUGCAGUCAGUUAGCAUGUAAAACUGGUUCUGCUUCAUUGACUGUAGAUAUUGAAAAGCUGUGGACAGUAUUAUACACUCUCCUCUCAUGGUUGAGUGUAAACCUAAGGAUCUGUGUAGGAAUCACCCUGAAUACUUUCUACUGCUCUACGCCCAUGUGGUUUGGAUCAGACUUCAUCAUUCCUCCGUUUAUUCAGUAAUGCCCAGCAAACCUGUGAGUAUUUUCAGGCCAAUCAAAGGCUUAAUGUGCAGCAGAGAUAGAGGCUGAAUUGAAAUUAGCUGUCAGUCAGAAGCCCUUGUUUCACCUCCACAGACAUCAUGGUUACACAUUCAAAUGUUAUCUGGUGAUUUUUCUUCUUGUUGUUGUUUGUAAAUCCAAACACUUGUACAUAGAAAUCACUGUGAGGCAUCUAGCGUUCAUUGUGAAUUUUAUUAUUCAAUAUUCAUUCUGUGAAUGAAAGGAAAAGUUUUCCUCCCACUCGUCGCUGUUUUUAAACUUAUUAUUCAAAAGGAGAAGGAUGGUUUAUUUUAUUUUUUUUAUUUUUUUGUAUUUCUCUUUUGAAAUAACAGCAGUAUUAGUCAGACAGGAAAAACGUGACAGUACGUGAACAGUUUCUCUAUAAACUGAAACACUCACUGCAGACAAAGAACUGUUUCUUGCUGUCUAUGAGGUAAUCUAGUUGUUGUAUUACCCGUAUAUCAAUAUAACUGUGUUAGAUGUCUUACCUACCUGUCAAUGUAAAGACAUUUGUUUCAUAAAUGUAAAUACUGAAUAUUGCGUCUUUAUUUCAUUGCUUCAAAACAGUAUAAAUCACUUCUUACUUACAG